UUUACAAUAUCUUCCUAGAAAGAAAAAAAAAACCCAAGAGACAAAAAAAAAAAAAGAAAAAAGAAAAAGAAAUGGAAGCAAAAAUUGAUUUGGAGAAAUCUAGAUUUAAAAGUGUUUGUGUUUUUUGUGGGAGUAGUACUGGCAAGAGGAUUUGCUAUAGAGAUGCCGCCAUUGAAUUAGCUCAAGAACUUGUUUCAAGAAGAUUAGACCUUGUUUAUGGUGGUGGGAGUAUUGGGCUUAUGGGUUUGGUUUCUCAAGCUGUUCAUAGAGGUGGAAGGAAAGUUAUUGGGAUAAUCCCAAGAACCUUGAUGGGUAAAGAGUUAACUGGUGAAACAGUUGGGGAGGUAAAGCCAGUGGCCGACAUGCACGAAAGAAAAGCAGAAAUGGCCCGCCAUUCUGACUGUUUUAUAGCCCUCCCAGGAGGCUAUGGAACUUUAGAAGAGUUACUGGAAGUUAUCACUUGGGCUCAACUUGGCAUUCAUGAUAAGCCAGUGGGUUUGUUGAAUGUUGAUGGUUACUAUAACUAUCUUUUAACUUUUAUUGACAAAGCUGUGGAUGAUGGCUUCAUAAAGCCUUCACAAAGAAGCAUAAUAGUUUCAGCACCAAAUGCCAAAGAACUUGUUCAGAAGCUCGAGGAAUAUGUACCUGUACAUGAUGGGGUGAUAGCAAAGGCAAUGUGGGAAGUUGGGCAACAGCAACAGCAACAGCAACCACAAGUGGGGUUCAGUGCCACCAAAAUGAAGACUGAAAUAGCCUUAUAAAAAAAUGAGACAUUAUUAAAAAAAAAAAGAAUGGGUUUAUAAACAAUCCUUUUUGCUUUUGAUAUGAUUUUGGGGUCUCACAUCAAUCAUUCAUUAACCGAUAUGGUAAGCUCGAAAAUUUAGAAAUAGACCAAACAAGAAAAUUUCCAUUGGCCACUCUUUUUUGGCUUUUAUUUUGUAGUUUGGCGGUUUUUUGGCUUAUGGCUUACUAAACUUGUAUUUUGAUGUCUCUAUG